AUGUCUGAGAUCAAGACGGACGUUGGCAGCGUCGACAGCGCGUUCGACGUACAAACACCAAUCCUCGAAAACAUGGUUGUAGGAGUACCGCCGGUGUUUGAAGGGCUCACCAAGCAGCUCGACAAGAUUGUUGAGCAACCACUGCUCGGCCCGAAAGCCAAGUUCCCCGCAGCUACGUUUGCAUUUGGACGUAAAAAUGUAUCUGGCAGGCGGUUACCACAGGCUAUUGCCCACCGAGGGUACAAGGCCAAGUUCCCCGAGAACACUAUGGGGGCGUUCAAGGGAGCAGUUGAAGUAGGCGCAGAGGGUCUGGAGACAGAUAUACACCUGACGAAAGAUGGUGUAGUCGUACUAUCUCAUGACAAGGACCUGAAGCGGUGUUUUGGCAGAGACGAGAAGGUUAUAGACUGCAACUAUGAGUUCAUAAGUAAGCUGAGGACAUUGAAAGAACCCCACGAGAAGAUGCCUCGUCUUUUGGAUCUGCUCGAGUAUCUUGCACAACCUGGACUCGAAGAUAUCUGGGUGUUGCUCGAUAUCAAGCUUGACAACAACGCGGACGAUGUGAUGCGCUUGAUUGGUGACACAAUUCGGAGCGUCCCUCCGUCACCAUCUAGGCCAUGGCAGAAUCGUAUCGUGCUAGGGUGCUGGGCAGCCAAGUACCUUCCGCUAUGCUCACGGUACCUGCCUGGCUUCCCAAUCUCGCACAUUGGCUUCUCAACGCUGAUUGCGUCGUAUUUCUUUACUGUACCGAACAUCUCUUUCAACAUGGCACAGGCCAUUCUCAUGACGCCAUGGGGUCGGCUGUUUAUACGGAAAGCUCAGAGCGACGGUCGGCCCGUGUACGCAUGGACGGUGAACGAGGAGAGCCGGAUGCGAUGGGACAUACGGCACGGCCUUGAUGGCGUCGUGACGGACGACCCGAAGCUAUUUGUGGAGGUUCGGAAGUCAUGGCACGAGGGAACGAGAGACGGGGUGACAAUGAUGACAUGGCUGGACGUGCUGCGGAUCAACUUCUUCUGUCUGAUAUACACGGUCUUGUUCCAGUGUUACUUUGGGUUUCAGCGUAAGUCACUCGUCAAGAUAAGAGAAGAGGAGGAGCAGUAG